AUGGGAAUACUUUCGAGAAUCAUAGGUAACAUACAUUUCUUGUGUUGUGCUAAGGAAUCUCACAAGGAAGUUACUGGAAAUGUGGAGAAGUAUUCGAAAUAUAAGCAGAAUGAGAAGGUGGAAUAUGUGGAAAUGGAGAAAACCGAGUAUCACAAUACGAUUUGCAUGCAUCAUACUGACAAAGUCUGUCAUGAACACUGUAGUCUUCCAUUCACAGCCGAUGUAGAAUCGGACAUUUUCAAAGGUUGCGCAUGUAUGAGUGGAUCUAAUUGCCAAAUAUGUGGAUGUGGAUCGGCAACUCACUAUCAUGCCAAUGAGAAGCCUGUGAAAAAAACCAAACCAGUGGAAAAAAUUCUCCAUGAAAUGAAAAGUCUUUAUGACGAAAACNAGUGGAAAAAAUUCUCCAUGAAAUGA